AUGUCCGCUGAAUCCAGCGUCGAGGCCGCUGCGCCGAAUCUAAACCUCACCCCCGAGGAGAAGCGGGUGUUUGGCCAAUUAUUCCGCCAGGCCGACACCGAUAAUGUGGGCGUCGUCACCGGAGAGACGGCCGUCAAGUUCUUCGACAAGACAAGACUAGACUCGCGUGUACUCGGAGAGAUCUGGCAGCUGGCCGACCAAGAGAACCGCGGCUUCCUCACCCCCGCCGGCUUCAGCAUCGUUCUCCGCCUCAUCGGCCAUGCGCAAGCUGGUCGCGAGCCCUCCCAAGAACUUGCCCUACAACCGGGACCGAUCCCGCGCUUCGAGGGCUUCGCGCCAGCCGGGCCCCCGCCGCCUCCCGCCGCCCAGCCGUUGCAGGCCCAGGGGACUGGAGGCGUGCCCCUCCGCAUCCCUCCCCUGACCCCCGAGAAGGUCUCGCAGUAUGCCGGUCUCUUCGAGAGGCAGAACCUGCAGGGUGGGAACAUGCUGCCUGGCGACCAGGCCAAGAACAUCUUUGAGAAGUCAGGUCUGCCGAACGAGAUCCUGGGCAGAAUAUGGCAGCUCGCCGAUACGGAACAGAGGGGCGCGCUCGUCCAGACCGAGUUUGUCAUCGCGAUGCACCUCUUGACCUCCCUGAAGACGGGCCAGCUCAGGGGACUGCCGAACGUCCUGCCCGCAGCCUUGUACGAGGCGGCCACGCGACGAGGUCCGGCCCCGAGGCAGAGCCCGACGACUACUGGGCCGCAGUUGUCUGCCAUCCCGCGCCAGUUGAGUGGGCAGGCCCAGAUGCGCCAGGGCAGUCCUCUGGCCCGCUCAGCCCUGCACCCUCAAGGCUCCGGGCUCUCGCAACAGGCGACCGGCUCAGACUGGGCCGUCUCACCAGCAGACAAGGCACGAUUUGACGAAUUCUACGCGACAUUGGACCCGACCAACAAGGGCUUCAUCACUGGAGAGGAGGCCGUGCCGUUCCUGAGCCAGUCGAAUCUGUCGGAAGAUGCGCUGGCUCAGGUCUGGGAUCUUUCGGAUAUCAACUCGGAGGGACGCCUGACGAGGGAUACGUUUGCUGUAGCUAUGUACCUGAUCCGACAGCAGAGGAGCAAGCGUGAUGGCUCAAGCGCUCUGCCCACCACUCUGCCUCCAAACCUCAUCCCUCCUUCUCUGCGUCAAGCACGGCCCCCUACCGCUGGUGCUUCGCCUUUCGAUGCGCCAGAACCGCCCAAACCCCAGCCGCCUCCUGCUCCUAAAUCAGCCAUGGAUGACCUCUUUGAUCUCGAUUCACCCGCUCCCGUCGCUCCCGCUCAAGCCCCGAUGGCCACCGGUGGCUCCGCCGCCAAGGAUCCAUUCGCCAGUGCGCCGUUGGCACCAGCUUCCCCGAUGCGUCCAUCACCAACUGGAACCCAAUUCAAGCCGUUCAUGCCGUCUUCGUCGUUCGGCAGGACCUUGCAGUCGCAUGACACUGGUGGCUCCAGCGGUUCAAAACCUUCAUCGGCCGUCGAUGAUCUGCUUGGUGACAACGACCCCGAGAUCAGCAAGAAGCUCACGAACGAGACUGCCGAGCUUGCCAACUUAUCCAACCAGAUUGGGUCAUUGUCAAACCAGAUGCAGCAGGUGCAGGGUCAGCGUACUACUACCCAGAAGGAGAUCAACCAGACCAGCCAGCAGAAGAAAAACUUCGAGGACCGGCUAGCCCAGCUGCGGGCUUUGUACGAAAAGGAGGCCAAGGAGGUCGCCGAUCUCAAGGAUCAGCUGCAGAAGUCGCGGGAUGAGACGAGAAAACUGAUGACUGAGAUGGCAACUAUUGACGGAAACUAUCGAGAUAUCCAAACUCAACAUCAGCAGCUGUCAGCCGCCCUGCAAGCUGACCAGCAAGAGAACCAAAGCUUGAAGCAGAAGAUCAGUGCGGUCAACGCCGAGGUCGCUCAACUCAAGCCGCAAAUCGAGAAGCUCAAGUCGGACGCCAGGCAACACAAGGGCCUGGUGGCCAUCAACAAGAAGCAGCUUUCCACCGUCGAGGGCGAGCGUGACAAGCUCAAGACCGAGGCAGAGGAUCUGACAAGGAGCAACGAGGAGCUUUCUCGCCAAACCAGCACCAGUUCGCCGGUUGCAGAGCGUGCUCAAGUGGCAAGCCCUGCACCUUCAACUGCUAGUGGCAACAACCCCUUCUUUAAGCGAACUGGAAGUACGGACAUUAUGGGGGCAUUUGCUUCACCACCGCCACCCAAGGGCUACGGUGACAAGUCGUUUGAUGACAUCUUUGGCGGCUUUGCUACCGGCAGCGCGUCUAGCACACCGCCUCCUGUCUCGUUCAAGCAACAGCACACGGGCACUUCGACGGCAAGUGUAGGAUCUUUUGCCACCCCAGCUGCUUCUACCCCUACUGUCAGUGGACCAGCCACCCUUGCUGCCGCGGAACCGCCGCCCCCACCUGUUUCUAGACAAAUCACUUCGAGCUUUCUGCCCUUCGGCGAGAUGAGCGAAUCGCUGACGUCUUCUCGCCAGGCCUCUCCUCCUCUGAGUCGGGUGGGCGAUGGCAGCACGCCUGCCGCUGUGAACACCGCUAACCCCCUGGAGCCCUCCGCGACCGGUAGCAGCUUCACAUCUGCACAGGAUGCUACCAAGAGUCCUGUCGGUGGCGUUGACGAAGAGGCUCGCCCCACGAGCAACGGUAGCAUUCCUGGGGCUUUCCCAGAAGACACCCCCAAGGCCGCCUCGGAAACCACUGAGGCCGCCCCCUCCUUCGCCGGCAAUCGGGACAGUGAGGUCUUUGCGAGCAUGAAGAAGGACCCUGCCAAUACGAAGGAUGACUUUGACUCUGCUUUUGCCAGCUUCGGCUCCUCGAGUAAACCUCAGGAUACGUCGAAGGAGACCGACAAUGUUUUCGACACCGAGUUCCCUCCCAUCUCGGAACUUGAACGGGAUGACGAUUCCGAGUCCGAUAGCGAUGGAAAUGGCUUUGACGACGACUUUGCUCCGGCCUCACCAUCGGCUGCAGCGGGAAAGGCGACGCCGAAGGGUCCAGCCUCGCCGGUAGCUACCACCAAGGUUCCUGAUGUACCAGCUGCGGAGGGCGCCAGCUCCUUUACUCAACCCUCAAAGUACGACAUCCUCAGUUUCAAUGCGUUCAUUCCUCAAUCGUCCAUAAGUACUAACCAUCUGCUAAGUGCUUCCUUCCCACAACCCUCGGCGACGUCUCCUAACCCGGCAUCUGGCUCGAAGGCUGAUGACCCAUUCGCGCCCGCUUCGGACUUCGCCCCGGGACCUAGCACUGUGACUAACACUGCCCCGGUAGCUUCUAAGGGCGCGUUCGACGACCUCGAUGAUGAGUUCGAAGGCCUUGAAGACGCGAAGGAGGGCUCGGCCGAUGAUGAGUUCGCCAACAUUUCGCGGUCGAACCUCGAUGACUUCAACCCCGUCUUCGAUAGCAGCCCGCCGCCAUCUCAACCAAAGAGCGAGUCCACUAACGUCUCCAACGCGUUCGGCAUCGACAGCAGCUACGACUUUGGCAAUGUGUCGGCCCCUCCAUCCCAAUCUGCCAGCACCGCUGCACCCACGGCUGCCUCUGGUACCAGCGCUGCCAAGGCACCCGAGAACCAUGACUGGGACGCGCUCUUUGCCGAUUUGGAUGAGCCCAACGCUGCUGCAAAGGAGGGUGGUGGUGAGAAGGCCGCCAGCCCAGAGCAGAGCUUGAGCUCAGGAAGGCCGAGUCUGCAGAACGCGGGCAGGCUUCUCACGGAGGAUGGCGUGCAUGACGAUCCCAUCCUGAAGAACCUUACCGGCAUGGGGUACUCAAGGCAGGACUCCCUCGCCGCACUAGAGAAAUAUGACUACAACCUUGAAAGGGCUGCAAACUACCUUGCCAGCCAGUCUUAA